CUCAAAAUCUUUCCGAAACUCACUAAAACAAAAACAGAAGUUUAGAUUUCAGAUACGUGGAUAUUGCGUUAUCCGUACCGGAUAGCUUGAAAUUGCUUUUAAGAAGGCAAAUAAGAAGAGCUUUAGAUUGGCUCAAACACGUUUUCAAGUUUAUCAAAUUCACCGCACGGAUAUGUUUUCAUCUGGAUAUUGCAUUAUACGGAUAAACAUCUCAAUCUGGAUAACCCCAACAUAAAGAUCCUCCGGCUAUCUCAAAACUCUAUAUAUUUACUGUUAUUUGCAGCCUUCUCUCCACACGCAUCUCUCUUUUUUAGCUUUCUCAACACAAUGAAGAUCAUUAAGGUACUAUGUUUUUCUUUUGUGCUAAUGCUAUGUGCUGCAGCACAUGCAUCAUCAUCAGGAGAACCUGAUGUAUGGCCGCCUACAAGCGACCAACUCGACACAGGAGGGUUGAGUAGAGAGAGCUUCCCGAAAGAUUUCGUCUUCGGAACUGCAACUUCUGCUUAUCAAGUUGAAGGAAUGGCGGACAAAGAUGGUAGAGGACCCAGUAUUUGGGAUGCCUACGUUAAAAUCCCAGGAAAGAUCGCAAACAAUGCUACUGGAGACGUUGCCGUGGAUCAGUACCAUCACUAUAAAGAAGAUGUAGAUAUUCUGAAGAAGCUCAACUUCGACGCUUACCGUUUCUCGAUCUCAUGGUCUAGGAUAUUUCCACAUGGAACUGGGAAGGUGAAUUGGAAAGGUGUUGCUUAUUAUAACAGGUUGAUUGAUUACAUGCUUGAGCAAGGUAUUACGCCGUAUGCAAAUCUUUAUCAUUAUGAUCUUCCUAACGCACUCGAGGAGAGGUACGGCGGGUUGUUGAGCCGCAGAGUUGUCAGAGAUUAUGCAAAUUUUGCUGAUUUCUGUUUCAAGAUGUUUGGUGAUAGAGUGAAAAACUGGAUGACUUUUAAUGAACCAAGAGUUGCUGCUGCGUUGGGUUAUGAUAUUGGUACCUUUGCUCCUGGGCGGUGCUCGAAACAAUUCGGAAACUGUACAGAAGGGGAUUCUAGCAGAGAACCUUAUGUUGCUGCACAUAAUAUGAUCUUAAUGCAUGGUGCUGCAGUUCAGAGAUACCGUCUUAAGUAUCAGGAAAAACAAAAAGGGAGAAUAGGAAUUCUCUUGGAUUUUGUCUGGUAUGAACCUCUUACUGACACGAAAGCCGAUCACCGAGCUGCUCAGAGAGCAAGAGACUUUCAUGUUGGAUGGUUUUUGCACCCCUUUGUGUAUGGAGAGUACCCAAAAUCGAUGCAGCGUGUCGUUGGAGAUAGACUUCCGAAGUUUACAGAACAUGAAGUUAAGUUCGUGAAGGGCUCGAUGGAUUAUCUAGGUAUUAACCAGUAUACAGGUUACUACGUUAAAGAUCAACAUCUCACAAAGGAUCAGCUAAUGCAUCCUGGAUAUCAAUUGGAAUGGCAUGCUGAAUUCCAUUAUGAUCGUGACGGUGUACCAAUUGGUCCAAGGGCACACUCUUCAUGGCUUUAUGAAGUGCCGUGGGGUUUGUAUAAAGCUCUUACCUAUGUUAAAGAGCAUUACAACAACCCUGAAGUGAUUCUUUCAGAAAACGGCAUGGAUAAUCCUGGUGAAGAGACAAUUCCUAAAGUUUUGCAAGAUGGAAAUAGAGUUAGCUUCUACAGGAGUUACUUGCUUCAACUCAAGAAAGCUAUCGAUGAUGGAGCUAACGUCACUGGAUAUUUUGCGUGGUCAUUGUUGGACAACUUCGAAUGGUUAUCUGGUUACACAUCAAGGUUUGGUAUCGUUUAUGUCGAUUAUGACACUCUGAAAAGGUACCCAAAGAUGUCAGCAUAUUGGUUCCAAAAACUUAUUAGCCGAAACAAGCAAUAAGUUCUCCUCCGGCGAAGUAGGCAUUUGAUUCUUUCUUAUUUGUUUUUAAGUUUCUGUCCAUCUUUGUUAGGAUUUGAGGUUUCUUUUUAGUUGUUUUCUUUUAACAUUUUUUUAGCAUUUUUAGCAUUUUCAUUGGAACAUAUAUAGUAUUAUAACAGAUGAAUAGAAUGGAAUUUUCUUAA